CUCAUUUAUUACACUCAAUUUUACUACUAAUCUAUUUUUUAAUUAUUAUUCUUUUUGAGGGUUCAAUCAUCAAAAUGUUUAUUUCAAAAAGCAUGAGGUCUGCAGUGUUUUUGGUGCUGGCGGUGACACUGAAGUUGUCGUCAACUUUGGCAAGUGGAAACCCACAGGUGCCUUGCUACUUCAUUUUUGGAGCUUCCUAUUACGACAAUGGCAAUAAUAACCGUCUUAUAACGCUGGCUAGAGCCAACUAUCGCCCUUAUGGAAUUGAUUUUCCCCAAGGACCUACUGGAAGAUUCACAAAUGGUCGCACCACUGGUGACUUCUUAGCUAAAUUUCUUGGAUUCAAGGAUUUCAUCCCGCCGUUUGCAAAUGCAAGUUAUCAUCAACGUGCCCCUAAUAAUGACAUACUCAAAGGUGUAAAUUAUGCCUCUGGUUCUUCUGGGAUUCUUAAAGAAACCUCGAAGCAUGUGGGCGCACGAAUCUGCAUGGAUGGGCAGCUACAGAAUCAUCAAACUGCAGUCUCACGCAUUGCAAGCAUAUUAGGCAACAAAGACGCCGCUAAAAACCACCUUAACAAGUGCUUAUACACUGUUGCAAUAGGCGACAACGACUAUAUCGGCAACUAUUUUUUGCCAUUACUCUACAAUACAAGCUCCCGUUAUUCUCCUGAGCAAUUUGCCACUAAACUCAUUCAAAAAUUCACUCUACAGUUGACGACCCUUUACAACCUCGGAGCCAGGAAGAUUGCAGUCUUUGGAAUACCUCCACUCGAUUGCUCUCCUUCUGCUACUAAAGCCUCUCGGAGCGCAGGCAAAUGUGUAGAGGAAAGGACACAUUCAAUCAGCAUUUUCAACAGCAGGCUUAGACAACUUGUUGAUGGCCUCAAUAAAAAUCUAACAAAUUCCAAAUUUAUGUCGGUCAACACCUAUGGGAUAUCUAGAUCUUCAUUAUCUCGUUUCAAGGUGACAGAUGCGGCAUGCUGUAAAGUAGAGGAACGAGUUGGCAUUACAACAUGUAUUCCGCAUGGUAGAAGCUGUGACAACAGGAAUGAGUACAUGUGGUGGGAUGCAGUUCAUCAGACGGAGGCUGCUUAUAAGAUAAUUGCAGAAAGAGCAUACAAGUCUCAGUCUCCUUCUGAUACUUACCCAGUUGAUAUCAGUCGCCUGGUUCGAUCGUAGUUAAUGUUCUUUUGUGAGUGUGGUCGGAUGAGAGGAAUGUCAUUUUUAUGAGGAAAUUUCAUUGAUGCUUCCAUUGCAGGGGAAGUUAUUUUUCUUAAAAAUGUUUUUUGCUUGUUUGUUAAUUUCUUUUAGAGGAUAUCAACGAACCAGGGCCUGCUGCUCUAUAUAAAGACACUUGCAAGCUAAAGCAUGCGCAAGAGAGAAACAGAUGCUUUUGAAAUUUCAUAUCAUGUAAUAUGUAUUGAUGAUUGAUCUAUAAUACAAUUAAUAUAACUGAAGUUGCAGA